UCGAUGGUUGAGUGUGUCAAUUUUUUGUUAUAAUUAGGUUUUUGGUUUAUGUUUAUGGGUUUAGCUAGUUGACUGUCCGAGUUUAUGGCUUUGUCUGUUAAGAUUGUUGUCAGUUUGUAUUGAUUAUGUGGAUUCUUUUAUGCUAAACCGAGUAUAACCUUGCAAUUGUUUGUUUUUCAUGAGUUUCCUCAGCGUCACCUGAAGAAAGCCACACAUAACGGGAAGCAGUAGCAACAAUCAUCGAGUAAGAGAUGGGCCAAGACUACAACUACUCUCAGCCUGAUUCGUCAGAUCAAGCUGUGGACAGUGAGAUAGAAGCUUUGAUUCGGAUGGAUGAGGCUGAGAGUAGCUUCAUGAAUGCUCAGGCGACUCAAUACCCUCCUCAACCUGAGGUUGAGUUCGGAUUCCCGAAGGUAUGCUAUUGUGGUGGUCAGCCCCUCUUAUCUACAAGUUACAACAGACGGUUCUUCACAUGUGGGAAUGUUGAUGAUGGAGAGAUGCAUAUUCACAAGUGGUGGGAUGAAGCUGUUAUGGAGGAGAUUAGAGAGAUGGGCAGACAAUGUGAAGUCCUGUCUCAGAAGGUAGAUAACCUUCCAAUCUCGACUAAUUAUGAGACAGCGCAGACAAUAGACCGGUUAGAGAAGGAAAUAUUUGAGCUACGGAAGACCAGAAAUAGGAUUAGAAAUGGUUUUGUAUUGAUGGUUUUGGUAUUGAUCACGGAUAUCACGUAUAGUAUCCUGUUUUCUCAAUCGUCUUUGUAUGUGAAGUGUUGUUUGUAAGCUUUUGGUUUUGGUAAGUAUCACGGAUCAAUGUAAGCUUUUGGUAGUUUGUGGUAUCACGGGUCAAUGUAAUAAGCUUUUGGUAGUUUGUGGU